UAGAUCAAUGAUGCAUACAGGAAGUAAACAAGGUGCUACCGUUAGUUCAGUCAAGUGUCUGUAACUGUCGCUCACGAGCUUUCGCCACCAUUUAACAGUCACGUUUAACAAAAAUGUCGCGGUUGUUUUUGCUAAACCGCAUGUGUGCUGCCCCGUGGCCUCUGUUUUCACCGCGAGAGUCUCUGGUGAAGCUACGACUGCGCGUGAAGCAGCAACAACAGCAGCAACGGAGUGUUUACAUUCCGCGUCCUAGUCCAAACGGAUAUAAAUACAGAGCGAGGAGCCAGCUAUGGAUGUGUGGCGUUGGUUUGGGGGUCGCUUUAGCUGUGGGACUGAAAUACAGCUGGUGUGAUGAUGAAGCUGCAGGAGCAGAGAGGACUGAUCGAUACAGCGCUGCUGUCAGAGAGAGCAGAGACCUGCUGGAGCGGAUAAAGGUAGGCUCAGAGGCUGAGGUCGCAGCUCCUGGGAUGGUGGUUGGAGUCUCUGUGGAUGGUGCUCAGGUCUGGUGUGAAGGGAUCGGUUUUGCUGAUUUGGAGAACCGUGUGCCGUGCAGCCCCGAGACAGUAAUGCGAAUUGCCAGCAUCAGUAAACCCCUCACAGCUGCAGCUGCUGCUCGACUAUGUGAGGAAGGGAAACUGGAUCUGGAUGUUCCAGUCCAGAAAUAUGUCCCAGAAUUUCCCCAAAAACAGUUUGAUGGACAAGAUGUCACUAUAACCCCUCGUAUGAUUCUUUCCCACCUGAGUGGUAUACGACAUUACGAGAAGGAUGCCAAAAAAGUGAGAGAGGACAAGGAGAAAGCUAAGAGACUGUUAAAGCCACCAGCUAAAAAGAAAGAGGCUGAAAAGAGCUUAUCUGAAAACAAAGAUAAACCUACAACGGAACAGAACUCUAAAAACAAAGAGGCCACUCCGGCUCAGAAGAAGAAAGAGUUUGAGCAUGAGGAGUAUUACCUGAAGGACAACUUUGAAAGUGUUACUCAGGCCUUGGACCUCUUCAAGGACGACCCCCUCAUUUAUAAACCUGGCACCACUUUUUUGUACUCCACCCACGCCUUUACCCUGCUUAGUGCUGCUGUGGAGCGAGCUGCUGGCCAGUGCUUCCUGGAUGUCAUGAUGAACAUGUUUCGGGAACUGGGAAUGCUCCAUACUGUGCCUGAUGAGAAUGACCCCAUCAUUUAUCACCGCUCCAGAUAUUAUCAUUACAACAAGAGAGGUCGUGUUGUUAACUGCCCAUAUGUGGACAACUCCUACAAGUGGGCAGGAGGUGGCUUCCUUUCCACUGCGGGAGACCUGCUGCUGUUUGGUAAUGCUCUGCUUUACAGCUACCAGGUGGCGCACCUACAGGACUCUGAUGACUUACUGCCAGGCUUCCUUCAACCCAAAACUGCCAUAGAUCUGUGGUCACCGGCUGACAAGACCGAGGCCAGCUGGGAUAAAGAUGGAUUGUAUGCUCAGGGCUGGCUGGUUGUGGAGAAACUGCAGAAAUAUGGUCAGUGCAGGAGGCGCAGACACUACGUAUCACACACAGGCGGCGCUGUAGGGGCCAGCAGUGUCCUCCUGGUGUUGCCCAGUGAGGAGACAGAGCAGUGCCAAGGACAAAGCUCUCACCUGCCACAGGGAGUGGUGGUCACUAUCAUCACUAACAUGCAGUCUGUGGGACUCAAUGGCACGGCACUGAAAAUUGCACAUGAGUUCGACAAAGCCAGAUGCCUCUAAAACAAACUUUACAUUUUACUGAGAAGCAUUUUAGAUUGACCUUGUGAUCAGGUGUAAUUUUGAUAAAUGUGUCCAGAGGAGGUUUUAAGAGAUGUUAAAAAUCAUGUAUUUUAUAGAUAUUUUACAGAUUGCAAAGUAUAUUCAGUCUUUUUCAAAUCCAACCCAUGGCAGUGAGGUCAUUGUGCCACUAGGUGGAAGCAGUGCACUGCAUUUUAUACACAAAAAAAACUGCCACUGACCUACAUCAGCUGGCUUUAUACAGUAGUAGUACCUUUAAAAGCCAACAAUACAAUCCAGUACUUUUUUAAUAUAUGUAUUUCAUAGAAAUAAAAGUAUUUCAUACAUUUCAUAAAGUAUUUCAUACAUAAUGGAACUAACGUAGUUUCUGUGCAAAGCAGCAGGAAAUGUGAGAGUCUCUCAUGAUGUCCCAUGCAAUGAUCUUACCACCCUCCUCGGAUAUUUCCUCAUAGCAUCUUGACAUGCCUUUGGAAAAACCCUAUUGUCUAGUGGCCAAAUAUUUUUGCUCUGUCAACUCGAGGUUGUUGUUUUUUUCAAUUUUGAGAUCACAUCUGUACCUCUGUAAAAACUGACUUCAGCCACAAGUACAAUCCUGACUUUUCUUUGAAUUUAACAAACAUUAAAUGCCUAAAGGGAAGUGCUACAUUUUAAUUUAUGUAACUUUUCAGCUGUGACUCAGCUGACAGAUACGGUUUACUUAUUUGCAAAGGUCCUUCCAUAGUUGGCUGCAAUUGUGUGAGAAUACUGAACAACUUCAAAAGGGAGAGCAACAAAAGUAAUGUCAAUGAAGCCCGAUGAGUCGUAACUCCUCUUGGAGUUGAAUUGUAGAUGAUUUCAUGCCACCAUUCUCAUUAGAAAACCCCUGGGAUCGCAUGUGCCCCUGUUUUUAGAUGGAAGGGGACUGAUGAAUGGCUUGGGAUAAGAUAAUUAUACGCACUCCUCCACACAUUACAUCUUUAAGUUUGGUGUGUGUGUGUGUGUUUAAAACCGCCAAGUAGAGACGUUUUUAAAAAGUGAGGUCAUUCCGACCAGUCUUGACUUUUUCAAGAGGCAAUUAUGGUUAAGGCUUAAGGUUGGAUGCAGGAUUAGGUUAAGAAUAGGUUACAGGCUGAGGAAUGAUGAGUUGUUGGUUAAGUUUAGAAGCUAAGGAAUGACUUGUCAAUCAGGAACUUGACUGUACAUGUGUGUAAGUGCAGCCUCCUCCAAAAAAUAAAUAAAAAUAAAGAUCA